AUGAACUCCCAUCCACAAUUUGACCCGGCCAUCAUGAUCGGUCUAGCCAGCGCCUCACCGGGACGACCAGACGAAAACUUCGAUAUCUUUGAAUGGUAUCCGCACUAUCAAAGCUGUCAGCGCUACUUCCUAGAUCAUGCCCAACACAGCGUUCCCGUCCAGGCCCUCUCCACAUUCUUAAACAUCCAACUCCCCUUCCAGCGCCAACCGAACCCAGUCUUCGAUUCAACCUCGCCAUCCACAUCUUCCUCGUCUUCCUCCAGCGACACCCCACCGGGCACACAACCCCCAGGCCCACCCUCUAUAUCACUGAUUCCCUACAUCCGCCGACUGGUUGCAACAGGCAUGGACUUCCCAGGUGUGCUGCACGGCUUCUUCGGAGACGAUUGGGGCAGCGGUGUGGGACCCAUGCACGAGCAAGAACGCCGCAACUACCUCUUCGCCGCAAAGAGCGGCGGCUGGGCCUCUGUGAAAAAGGACUACGACAUCCCCCCACUGGAAACCAUCCCGUUCUUGCGUCCUUUGCAGGGACCCCUCGAUUCCGAAAUUGAGGCUGCUGAGCGUAGCUGGAGUGAAUGGCUCGCUAUGGAGGAUUGGAUGGUUGGUCCCCGGGCGCCAGAUAUCAUGCACGACUCGUCCUCGCAAAAUUCACGGCCGCGGAGCUCACGUGGUUGA